AUGCCCGCUCGUGAAGAAAUCUUCCAUUUUGGUGCCGGACCUGCCCGUAUACCAACUUCAGUGCUCGCCCGCGCCUCCGUUUCCAUCCUAAACCAUGAAGAUACUGGUCUCGGUCUUGCUGAGCACUCCCAUCGUUCAGCACUCUGCGGAAAGAUUGUCACCGAUGCUGCAGAUUCUUUGAAAACCCUUUUGUCUAUUCCAGAUGACUACUCAGUUAUUUUCAUGCAGGGUGGAGGAACCUCCCAGUUCUCGGGCGUGGUGUAUAAUCUUCUUGGAUACUGGGUGCAGCGGGAACUCAACAACUCAAAUAACGACAUUGACGCUGUGCGCCGGAGGCUUCUGGAUUCCAAGAUGGACUACCUUGUCACCGGAGUAUGGAGUCAGAAGGCAAGUGAGGAAGCUUCAAGACUGGCAGGAGAGUGGAUGGUGAAUGUCGCUGUCAAUGCCAAGGAGGCCAAUGGCGGAAAGUAUGGAAAGAUUCCCGUGGAGGACACAUGGAAGCUCACGGAGAAGGAGAAGAGCAUCUUCACCUACUUCUGUGACAAUGAGACUGUUGAUGGUGUUGAGUUUCCGGCUUUCCCAACCGUGUUGGCAGAGGACAAGGAGAGAUUGGUUGUUGCCGAUAUGAGCAGCAACAUUUUGAGCAGGAGAGUUGAUGUUAGCAAGUAUGCAGUGAUCUUUGCUGGAGCACAAAAAAAUGUUGGCACCACAGGUCUGACAAUGGUCAUCAUCCGCAACGACAUUCUCGCAAACCAGCCCACACUCCAGACCCAGCGUGCUCUUGGGCUCCCUAUCCAGCCCAUCAUGUUUGACUACAAGACGCUUGCCAAGAACGGUUCCCUCUACAACACUCUACCCAUCUUUGACGUCUGGAUCGCCAAGGAGGUCAUGCAGGAUCUCAUCGCUGGUGGUGGUCUCCAAAAACAGGAGGAGAUUUCCGGAAGGAAGAGUGAUAAGCUGUACGCUGCCCUGGAGGCAUCGCCGGAGAUUUACAAGAUUGUCACCGUACCGGGUUCUAGGUCACGUAUGAAUAUCUGCUACCGCAUUUCUGGCGAGGGUCUUGAGGAUGAAUUCGUCAAACUUGCUGCGAAGCAAGGGAUGACCGGGUUGAAGGGGCACCGAAGUGUAGGUGGUAUCAGAAUUAGUAACUAUAACUCUAUCACUGAAGAGGGAGCAGAUAAGCUGGCGGCGUACAUCAGGGAGUUUGCAGAGAGCCACAAGGCAUAG